AUGCUUUGUAUCUUCCUACACAAUUUGGAAACUAUUCUACCGGUUCACUCUUGCAAUACCGUUGUGGGGCCUCUGGCAAAAAGUGAACAUGCGCCGAAAUCCAUAGAGUUUGACAAUGACCAGCCGACGGAGGAGGAAUUGAAUAGCCUUCGGAGAGUUCCGGACAAUAUCCCGACCGGAGGUUACCUUGUUGCCUUCAUUGAGUUGACGGAGAGGUUUGCCUAUUAUGGGCUUUCGGCAUACCCCCCCCCCCAACCUGACUCUGCGAGGAAUAAUGGAAAAGACGAUCCAUUACUACCCGGAGCACUAGGUCUAGGCCAGAGCACGGCUACUGCUCUACAAUACUUCUGGCAAUUCUGGUGUUAUAUCACCCCAGUUUUCGGAGCAAUUGUUGCCGAUCAAUAUAUUGGAAAAUAUAACACUAUUAUGGUCUUCGCUGGGAUCUAUGCUUUUGGCCUUCUCGUCCUCGUUACCACCGCAAUCCCUCAGGCAGUUGAAGGUGGGCGCGCCUUCGGCGGCCUAAUCGCAUCGAUCCUAAUCAUCGGGCUUGGAACCGGCGGCAUAAAGGCUAACGUUGCACCCCUAAUUGCAGAACAAUACCGCAGCCGUGGCCCAUUCAUUCGAACUCUAAAUAGCGGUGCCCGAGUGAUUGUUGACCCCGAUGUUACUAUACAGCGGUUGUACAUGGUAUAUUAUUGGUGUAUUAACCUGGGUUCGUUAUCCGGCAUCGCGACUGUCUACUUGGAACUCAAAGUGGGAUUUUGGGCGGCGUACCUAUUGCCAUUCUGUGUCUUCUUCGUGGGGAUAUUUACCCUGGUCGUUGGGAGGAAGUAUUAUGUCACUGCUAUGCCACAGGGAUCUGUCAUAUUGUGUGCGUUUAAGGUUUGGUGGAUCGCUCUUAGGAAUAAAGGGAAUAUGGAGGUUGCAAAGCCGAGCCAUCAGGUCGCGAAUGGGGGAAAGUAUAAGACACUGUGGCCGGAGGAGUUUGUGGACGAGUUGAGGAGAAGUUUGGUUGCGUGUAGGGUGUUUGUGUUUUAUCCCAUAUAUUGGGUUUGUUAUGGACAAAUGGUCAGCAACUUUGUCUCCCAAGCCGGAACGAUGGAAACCCACGGCAUUCCUAACGAUGUCAUCUUGAACGUUGGCGCCCUAACAAUCAUCAUAUUCAUUCCAAUAAUGGAACGCCUAGUCUAUCCCGCCCUCCGUACAAUCGGCAUCCAGUUCAAACCCAUAACUCGUAUAACCUGGGGUUUUUUCUUUGCUUCAGGAGCAAUGGCCUACGCCUCCGGCUGCCAAAAAAUGAUCUACAACGCGGGUCCCUGCUAUGACAAUCCCCGCGGAUGUCUCAACGGAGCGGUGCCGAACCAUGUGCACGUUGCGGUUCAAGCGCCUUCAUAUGCUCUCAUCGGAAUUUCGGAAAUCUUUGCCUCGAUAACAGGUCUCGAAUACGCCUACACGAAAGCGCCGACAAACAUGAAGUCUUUUAUAAUGUCGCUAUUUCUCCUGACGAAUGCUGUCGGCUCUGCUCUGGGUGUUGCUGUCUCACCGACAAGCGUUCAUCCCAAGCUCGUGUGGACGUUCUCGGGGUUGAGCAUUGCUACGGCAGUCACCGGUAUCGCCUUCUGGGUGCUUUUCAGACGCUAUAAUGAUACCGAGGAGGAGAUGAAUGCCGCCGGGCGAGAGAAACAGCAAGAAGUGCUUAGGAGUGUGGCUGGAGAAAAGGAGGAGGGGUGGGGUGGGGCGGCAUAA